UGUCAUUUAAGGGCGGGAAGUCGUUCAAACGUGCCAUGGCAGCGAGUGAUGAUGUAUCCAGCGACAAAAUCGCCGAUUUAACAUCACUUGAGGCUUUUCUGAGUGAAAGAGACAAUUCCGUGAAUAAUUUCUACCUCUCCGAUGUACCUGAAGUGUGUAAGGAGCGGCCAUGUCUCCUAGGGAUAGACGAAGCAGGCCGGGGUCCAGUUUUAGGCCCUAUGGUCUACGGAACCGCGUUUUGUCCCAUAAGUGAACCCACUUUACCGGAUACGUUGGGUUGCGCCGAUUCCAAAGCCCUGAAUGAAGACACGCGUGAUCAAAUUUUCACCAAGAUAUGUAACGAAUCCAAGAGAAUGGGGUGGGCUGUGGAAGUAAUAGCGCCUAAUACUAUAUGCAACAACAUGCUGAGUCGGCAAAAGUAUUCCCUAAACCAGAUUUCGAUGGAUGCGGCUAUUAAAUUAAUAAAACAAGCGGGAGACGCUGGGGUGAAUAUUUCACAAGUCUACGUCGACACUGUAGGCCCCCCUGAAAAAUACCAAGCCCACUUGAAGUCAAUUUUUCCCAAGUAUGACAUCACAGUUGCAAAGAAAGCCGAUUCCACGUACCCCAUAGUGUCAGCGGCGAGUAUUUGUGCCAAAGUUACGAGAGACCAUGCACUCAAGGUCUGGAAGUUUCAGGAAAAGCUAGAGGUGACGCACGAGGAGUUCGGGAGCGGAUACCCCGGUGACCCCAACACUAAAAAAUUCCUGGAAAAACACUGUGAUCCCGUUUUUGGGUAUCCCCAGUUGGUUAGGUUUAGCUGGUCGACAGCCCGUGACGCUCUUCUUAAAAAUGCGUAUUAUGUGGAGUGUGACGACGCCGAAGAAGACGUCACUCCACCACCGGCCACUACAGCAAUCACUGCCUUUUUUAAAAUGACCACGAAGAAUGCCAGUGGGAAGAAGACUGAGCACGAAUUUUUUAAAAAUAGGUGUUUGAGUCGAAAGGUUGAGUUUUGAAUAAAAACGUCUUGGUUUUCAA